AUGGUGGAUGGGGCGCCCCCUGGCGGCCCCUGGCGGACCCAGCGGGCUCCAGGUGCGCCUGCGGUCACUGAGGCGUCACUGUGUGCGCGAGCCGACCGAGCGGCGGAGAUGAUGGACACCGAGCAGAGCCAGCUCGAGCACACCAGCUCACCGUUGAGCCCAGGAACCGACUCUGUGCUGCACAGCUACAUGUUAGAAUACUGGAGUAACCGAGUCAUAAGGAACCAGUUGACAGUGUGGGACGGCCCGGCCCCAGGAUCCCGCUGUGAGAUCUAUAUUAGCGGGAUCCCUCGGGACGCCUACGAGGACCUGCUCAUCCCCCUGUUCAGCUCCGUGGGACCACUUUGGGAGUUCCGGCUGAUGAUGAACUUCAGCGGCCAGAACCGCGGCUUCGCCUACGCUAAGUACGGCUCAUCAGACGUGGCCACCGACGCCAUCCGCCUGCUGCACGGCCACAUGCUGGAGCCUGGCUUCCACCUCAGCGUACGCCGAAGCAUAGAGAAGAGACACCUCUGUAUUGGAGAUCUGCCAGCUGCUACCAGGCAGGAAGACCUUCUGCAGGUGCUGCGUGUAUUUGCAGAGGGGGUGGAGCGAGUAUCCCUGAAGGCUGGGCCUGGAAUAGACGGGGUGACCGCUAUCGUCGCCUUCUCAUCCCACCAUUAUGCUUCUAUGGCCAAGAGGGGGUUGGUGGAAGCGUUCAAGAAGCAGUUUGCGUUGACUGUCUCCAUCAAGUGGCAGUUCGCAGAGAGGUCGAACCCCGACGAGCCACCGUCUCCUCAGAAACAUCCCAAGGGCCUGCUGCAGUCCCCCAUGAAGCCUCCACGCUACGCCAAGAGCUCCCAUCAGCUCUCGGUCCUGCCUCCACGCCUGGCUUUCACCCAUUCCACCCCUCCAGAUUUCUGCAGAGCUGUGGGAGGACCCACUGCCCCCCAGCAACUUCACCCUCCCUGCUCCUCCUUGACCUCCUCCUCCUUCUCCUCCUCCUCUUUCUCCUCCCAGGGUCAUGUCGUGUUUGCAGGAUCCCCGGUGAUGCUCCUUCGUAAGGUGUGUGAGGCGGCCGGCGUCGGCCAGCCCCUCUAUGAGUUGCAAUACAGCCAUGCUGGGCCAGAUGGAUUCCUCUACUUUGCCUACAAGGUGCAUAUCCCCAGGAUCACUGUGGUUUUCAAGGGGCUGGUCCCGGUCUUGCCAGGACCUAAUGCUGGUGCCACGCAGGAGGAAGCUGAGAGGGUCACAGCCCAGCAGGUCCUGCAAAAGGUCUACAGCAACCAGCUGACCUCCUGA